GACAGCGGAUGCAGACGGUGCAGUCUGUCAGAGAGAAAUACUAGAGACGGGAUUUUUGUUCCAUCGGAAUUGCACGCAAUUCCGAACAGACUUUUGUUCUUCCAAGAAAACGAGUAAUGCUGUCGUGACGUUCGUGAAACAGAAUCGCGUUUGCGAAGAGGACAACGUGCAAGGCGGUCUACUUUCGCCAACGUUUCUAACAAGAAACGACGGGAUUUCCGACUCCCAGCUACAUUGCCUAGAUAGACCUUUAGCCAUUUUUGUAGUCCGGUGCUUGCUAAACAAACGUGCCUCUUGUCCGCAAUGGCGGAAACAAAUGGGGCCACAAAUUUGAACACGAAAAACGGCAAUUUUAUCUGCGGCGUUGUCGAAGGAUUUUAUGGUCGACCUUGGACCACGGAGCAAAGAAAAGAUCUAUUUCAGAAAUUGAAAAAAUGGGGAAUGGAUUCUUACUUGUAUGCUCCAAAAGAUGACUAUAAACAUCGUGCAUAUUGGAGGGAUCUGUACACAGUAGAAGAAGCAGAGCAUUUAACAGGGUUGAUAACAGCUGCUAGAGAAUGUGGCAUCACAUUUUACUAUGCCUUGUCUCCGGGAUUAGAUAUCACUUACUCAAGCACAAAAGAAGUCACUAUAUUAAAGAGAAAGUUGGAACAAGUUAGCCAGUUCGGCUGUACAGCAUUUGCAUUGUUGUUCGACGACAUAGAACCAGAGAUGAGUGAAGCUGAUAAAGAAGUAUUCCAAUCAUUCGCUCAUGCACAAGUUUCUGUUACGAAUGAUAUUUUCCAUCAUCUUGGACAACCUCGAUUCCUGUUGUGUCCGACACAAUACUGCGCGACACGAGCAAUGCCAAACGUAGCAUCCUCAGAGUAUCUCAAUACCCUUGGCAGUAAACUAGCCCAAGAAAUUGACAUAAUGUGGACUGGACCUAAAGUAAUAUCUAGACUUCUAACUGUGGAAUCCAUCGAGGAGAUUACCGAAGUUUUGCGAAGACCUCCAGUGAUAUGGGAUAAUUUACACGCUAACGACUAUGACCAAAAGAGAGUGUUCUUGGGGCCAUAUUCCGGCAGAUCUCCUGAUCUGAUUCCUAAAUUGAGAGGCGUUUUAACCAACCCGAACUGUGAAUAUGGGGCAAACUUCAUUGCAAUCCAUACAUUAGCUCAGUGGAGUAGAUGUAACGUAGAUGGAAAAAGAGACUUAAGUUUAAAUGAUACUGUAUCGGCCGACAUAAAAUUGGAAACCGAAACAGAGGACGGAGUACUCGGUGAGGAUGUACCUUUGACGAUGUCUCCGAACAUAUAUCACCCUCGAUAUGCUUUGAAGAACGCUAUUAAUGAAUGGUUAUUGGAAUUUAACAAGAAACGAAACGCGUGGGGCGUCAUAGCAAAACCACAGCCGUGUGUCGCCCCUACGAUACCAAUUCCGAUUAUACCGUCUGUCAAUACGUGUAUGAGUCUCACAUCAACGACGACUACGACGACCACGCCUGCUCUCGCGACACCUACGCCGGUGACUACUUCAAACCAUCUUCAGGCGUUAGCCGAAGUCUGCUCAAGCGUGACGACUACCGAUGGCUUCGUACCUCCCCCUGUCCCAGUAAUGAAUUCCUUGGUGUCCGAAACGACUGUCAUUAGCGAGCCCAUUAUCUCGUCAAUUUCUACUAGCGGUGAUACCGCGCCGAGUUCGAACAAUCUAUCGUCCAUGGAACCAAUGGAUUGCAACACUACACCUAACAGUUCUCCAGCACAUGUAGCUAAAGUUCAAUCAGAGGAUGACGCUAUGGUAGAGAACGUUUCUACUUGUAGCGAAGCCUCCGGCAGUAUGCAAGUGGAAGUGGAUGGUACCUCUCCUGUUGUAAAUGGUAGUCAAAUGAUUGUUGAAAAUGACAAUGGCGAUUGCGGAGACCAAGAACUUCAAGACUCGAUAGAUGCCGACAAACGGUUGACCCAAGAGGAUCUGUCGUUAUUAUGCGAUCUGUUCUAUUUGCCGUUCGAACAUGGUGGUCAAGGAAUUCAGUUGUUGCAGGAGUUCAAUUGGUUGAAGAGCAACGCUCAUGUCGUUAUGAGAAAACCUAAAGAAAACGAAGCUUCGUCUCAAUCUGAUAUCGAAGAAUGGCACACACGAGCUGCUAAGUUGAACGAUAUGUGCAACGCUGUAAACAGACUGUUUCAAAGACUCACGUAUUGUAAUAAUCGCGAGCUAUUGUACGAUCUGUAUUCGUACGUAUGGGACAUGCGGGGAGUUGUGUCUUUACUAAAUAGUUACGUGAAAUGGUUGGCGUUUGGCAGAUUCCCGUCGACGAUGACAACGUUUACCCAGGGAAGCUACACAUGGUUCUCGAAUGGCUGGAAAGAGACUUUUAUGAGCGGAGAUCAAGAACCAUGGGUAUUCCGUGGAGGACUUACAGCUGAUCUUCAGAGAUUGAUUCCAGUCGACAGCGGUAAUGACUUGUUCAUUUAUAAAGCACCAGAAGUGCCCAGUAGUAAAAUCUACACAAUUAGGCCUUACUUACCAAACGACGAGGAAGCAGUUUAUGCCGUGUGCAAUAAAAUUAACGGCUGCACGAGUUCGUCUGCAGUGGCCGAUAGAUUGGUCGGUGGUUUCUUAACUAUGUGUCCAGAAGUAUGUAUGGUCGUUGAAGAUGAAAGCGGUAUAGUAGGUUACGCGUUGGCUGCCUUAAAUGUAAAGACUUAUAAACAGAAAUUAGCCGUGUCUUGGAUUCCCGAACUGCGAAUGAAAUAUCCGUUGGAUGACAAUGUUAAUGAAUUGCCGCAAAUCGUUCAGGAUGCCAUACAGUAUUUCCAUUCGUUUGUGCCGGAUGUAUGCGAACAAUUGUGCAGGCAACAUCCGUCAAAAGUAAUGUGUGGUAUAUUGCCGAACGUUACAGAUCAAUCUGUCCCAAAAAGAUUGAUUACAUGUAUCCUAGCAGCUCUGAGAGCAAACGGUUCUUUCGGUGUGCAUACAACGAUGCCGAGAGAGGAUAAGGAGACUCACGAGUUCUACAGUAAAUUAGGUUUCGUCGAUUUGAAUCCUACGCACGAGGACCAUACUGGAAUCAAAACUAUGUGCAGAAGUUUCUAACAAAGAGUGAGUACGCCAGUGAUAUUUGUGAAUAAAGUGUAUUUACUUGGACCAUCUCCGAAGAAGACUUCGAUCAUUUAAAUAUGAGGUUUUAUAUAGCUCCUCUGGAGAAAAAAAAUGGUCCGAGAAACCAUCCAAUCAUUAUUAUUUUCGCGCAAUCAACAAAGAUCAAUUCGCCAUAAAUACUUUGCGAAUAAAAGAGAGAAAAACGCAGGCAGAUCAAGAUUUAUAUCUUCGUAUUUAAUACUAUACUAAAAGAUAUAGCUGACCUGAAUCAAAAACAGUAUAAAAAAAGGAAGAAAAA